AUGACCACCACCACUGAUGAUUUGCUUGACAUUUCUGCACAGUUGUUCUGGCAGUCUGCUACACCUACAAGCUCCACAACUCAGACCAGAAACAUGUCAUGGGAGCUGCACAGGAAAAUCCGAAAUGAGAAUGGGCUGAUGGACUACAAGGAAGCAACAGGAGACUUGGCAGAGAAGGUCUCCAUCAUCAAGGGCAAGGUUAGGACAACAGGAAAGGUUUCACAUGUGAGGAGAGGGUCCAAGUUCAGCCAAGAAGAGGACCAAGCUCAGGAGCAUGCAGUAGGUUACCACACAGGGUUAUGUAUCAUUGCAAUAGCAGAGGCUUUGCAACAACAUCUUGAUUGUCCACUGAAUGGAGUGUUCAAGGCAGUUAGCCAAAACCUAUCAGAACUCGACCAUCUGGUCACUUUCAAACAAAUCAUACCAAAUAGAUCUUACCCAGUUGAUCUCACCGAAAUCAACCGGAAGCGCCCAAUCUGGUUUCAGGCACACGACCGCUUACAAAACAUUCCUGCGCCGUCUCAAUCUGGUUCUGCAAGCACCCCUGACAUUUACACUUCCUGUCCAAAUCGAGCCUCUGGAUCUGCCACAGGCAAGAAGAACUUCACUUGGUCAAGUGCCAACAUCCUCUGCCUUGUCACAACCAUCUAUGACAGCGAGUCCUACUGUCAGGGGUCACGCGCCUGA